AUUGUUUACAGUUUUCUGAGUUCUUCAAUUUUUCAAUUACAAUUUUUUCAUUUUUUAUUGGAUUUUAAGUUUUAUACGCUGAAUAUAGGUUACCCUUAAGAAAUACAAUCAUUUUUUUAGUGUCCAGGUUGAAGUUUAUUUAAUUGACAAAAUGUUACCUAAUGUAAAACAUGUUAUCUUAGUGAUGUCCGGUAAAGGAGGUGUUGGAAAAUCGACCGUGAGCACACAGUUAGCACUAGGAUUAGUAACCAAAGGAUUUCGAGUUGGCAUAUUAGAUGUAGAUUUAUGUGGCCCAUCAGUGCCAUAUUUGUUAAAACUUGAAAAUCAAGAGGUACAUCAAUGUGCAGCUGGUUGGGUACCUGUUUAUACCGACGAGUCAAAGUCAUUAGGUGUGCUUUCAAUUGGAUUCUUGACCAAGUCAAGAAAUGAUAGUAUAGUUUGGAGAGGACCUAAAAAGACUGCAUUCAUAAAACAAUUGCUUUCUGAUGUAUUUUGGGAACAUGUUGAUUAUCUUAUUAUAGAUACACCUCCUGGUACAUCUGAUGAACACAUUACAGUUAUGGAAAAUAUUAAAGAAACUUCAUGUGAUGGAGCUAUACUUGUGACAACACCACAACAAAUUGCUCUAGAUGAUGUUAGAAAAGAAUUGUCAUUUUGUCGUAAGACAAAUAUUCCGAUUCUAGGCAUCAUUGAAAAUAUGAGCGGUUAUGUUUGUCCUAAUUGUACAGAGUGUACAAAUUUGUUUUCAUCAAAUGGCGGAAAAUCAUUAGCUGAAUAUUUUCAAAUUCCUCUUUUAGGAACAAUACCAAUAGAUCCAAGAAUAUCUUCAGAAACAUCAAAAUACGUUGGUUCAAUCCAUCCUGAAUCACCUGUAGCAAUAUCAUUUAACUCAAUUUUAGGCCAAAUAAUAAACCCAAACUAAUUAACUUAAAACCAUUCAUAUAAAUAAUAUAUUAUUUUAUCAUAUAUUGUUAAUAAUACAUUCUAUCAUAUACUUAUU